AACAUGAAAUCUGCUUUAGCCGUUUACUGUAUUCUAAUCUUCUCAUUUUUCUGUGUGCUCAAAUCAGAGAAAUGUGUUGUCCAGGGAUAUCUUGGAAAGCUAAGGCCAUUUGAAGAAAACAAUCCUUUGAAGCUUGAGUGUCCAUUGAACCACGAACGUGCAAACUCUACCCUGAAUUGGUACAUGAAUGGAAACAAAAUACCCUUAACUGCACAGCCUUUUUCAAGAAUUUUUCAACAGGAAAACAUGCUCUGGUUUGUCCCUGCAAUUGCUCAAGAUUCAGGAUUGUAUGAAUGUAUUAUACGGAAUUCAACAAGAUGUUAUAAGCACAGUGUCCAAAUUGCAGUUCUCAAUAACAGUGCUUCUCAUUGUUUUAAUGAAGAAUACUACAUUAAGGAAAUGGUGUCUCUAACACCACCAUCCAAGAUUGUAUGCCAUCAAGUGAAUGAUUUUGGACAGGAUGUAGAUUAUUCUUCCAUCCGUUGGUACAAGGAAUGUGAGCCAAUACAGGGAGAACGAUUUGAGUUCGCCGGAAAGGAUCUUAUCAUAAAAGAUGUGAAAAAAGAUGAUGGGGGAAAAUAUGUAUGCAAAGGAAUGUACACUUUUGAGGGAAAUAAAUACAAUUUUUCAAGUAAUAUUUGGGUGAGAUUAGGAAAAGUAGUCAGGAAAAGAACCGAGAUUCUGUACCCCAGAAACAAUACUGUUGAAGCUGACCUUGGAUCCAAUUUCUUUACAGACUGCAAUGUAUCAAGUUACAAAGAUGCUCUUUUUCCUAUAUCCUGGAAAGUCAAUAAUACACUAGUUACCAGUCUAUUUAAAGAUAGAAUUCAAGAAGGAAUUCAAAGAAGUAUUACAAAGGACGGAGCAGAGAUUUUUAUAGUGUCUCUGAACAUUACAGAGUUGAAAAAUGAGGAUUAUGAUCAGCCCUUUAUUUGCCAUGCUGGUGAAGUUGCAGCAUACAUCAAAAUAGAGCGUCCAACCAAAAACCUUACAGCUCUUGUUGUGUUGAUAUUACUACUGAUUAUUCCUGUCUUAAUCUGCAUCUUGUUCAAGAUUGAAAUAGUCCUUUGGUAUCGGAAAUCAUGUCGCCCUUUUCUUCAUAAAAAAGUUUCAGAUGGGAAGAUCUAUGAUGCCUAUGUGUUAUAUCCAAAAAUCAGCACCCAAGUUGAUUUUGUGCUGAAAGUAUUUCCUGAUGUUCUGGAAAAACAGUGUGGAUAUAGUCUUUUUAUACCUGGCAGGGAUGAUUUACCAGGAAAAGCGUUAGUCAGUGUUGUGGAUGAGACCAUUAAGCAAAGCAGAAGGCUAAUCAUGAUUCUAGGACCUGAGUUGUCUGGCUCAGAAGAGGCUCCUGAGCAGCAUAUAGCAGUGUAUCAUGCCCUCAUACCCGAUGGAAUGAAAACUAUCCUGAUUGAAAUGAAUAAAAUAAAGGAUUACAGCCACAUGCCUGAAUCCAUCAGAUACAUCAGACAAAAGCAGGGCGCUAUCAGAUGGAAAGGGGACAUCACAAACAAACACUCUUCUUCUGCAAAUAGUUCCUUCUGGAAAAAGGUCAGGUACCGAAUGCCACCAGAACAUCAAGUUUCCCAAGGACUACCUUUGAAGCCAGUUCCUUGCAGCACCUCCCAGAAGAUAGAAACGUAACCUUGAGUUCACUCCAGGAAUCCCUCUGAAAGGUUGUUUGCAUAGAGGCUGAUGCAACGUGUCAUAUGAGCUGCAGAUGGACUCCUAAAUUUACAUUUGAUGUUGAAACUGA